AUGACGACCACUUUUUCCCCCUCCUUACCUGGGCACCUGGUGAACCCCCAAGUCCCCCUGCCAUCAUCAUUGAUGCUUCUGCUGCUGAUACAACUGUUUAGUUGGUGCCCGGCUGCUCCCUCAGGGCCUGAGUCAGACACCUGCUCCACUCUGGUUCAGAGCCGAUUCUUCGGCCACUUCCUGUCCUCCUCCACUUUCCCCACGGCACCCUGCUCCUGGACCCUGCAGAACCCAGACCCGCGCCGCUACACCAUCUUUAUCAAGGUAACCAAACCUACCUCCACAACGGACUGCAUUCCCCGGCAGCUCCGCACAUUCCAGUUUGACUCGUUUCUGGAGACCACGCGCACCUACCUGGGCAUGGAGAGCUUCGACGAGGUGGUCAAGCUGUGUGACUCUUCAUCCCCUGUGGCCUUUCUAGAGGCUGGGAAACAGUUCCUACAAAUGAGGAAAGGGCCGCCUCGGGCCGGCAUGGAGGUCACCACCCCUAACGCUGGCGAAGAUGGGGAAUUUAAGACAGAGUAUCUGGUGGUGGGGAAGCGUAACCCCAGCAUGGCAGCGUGUCAGAUGCUGUGCCAGUGGCUGGAGGACUGCCUGGCAUCCAGCACCUCUAACAGGCCCUGUGGUAUCAUGCAGACCCCCUGCCAGUGCUGGGAGCCCCCUCCUCCUCCACAGCUCAGCGAAGGGGAUGGAUGCUACAGGAACGGGUUCUAUCUGGAGAACUGCCUACCCAGCUCCAAUGAGAAGAGGGGUGGGCAUGCCCCUACAGGUGGCUGGAGUGUGUGGGCGGAGUGGGCGGAGUGCAGCAGUGACUGUGGUGGUGGCGUUCAGACCCGGAGCCGUACCUGUCAAUCUCCCCCAGAGGAGACAUACCUGUGUGAGGGAGUAGUGGAGGAGGGAAGGCCCUGUAACCCUCAGCCCUGCAGUGGCAAAGGCCGUCAUCUCUCUCGCAGCCAAUCACUUCGCUCCGUGGACAGCCGCAAGCGCGAUGGCGGCGGUGGCGAGGUAGACAAGACGCGGGGCGGUGGCGGUGGACAGCAGGCCCCACAGACAGUGGACCAGGCUGCGUCAGGUGAGGAGUGGUCGUCGUGGAGUGUGUGUUCGGCCACGUGCGGUGAGGGCUGGCAGAGCCGCACGCGUUUCUGUGUCUCCUCCUCCUACAGCACCCAGUGCAGCGGCACGCUCCGAGAGCAGAGGCCCUGCAACAACUCUGCCAUCUGUCCAGUGCACGGGACAUGGGACGAGUGGUCGCCAUGGAGCUUGUGUUCGUCAACCUGCGGCCGUGGUUACCGGGAUCGCACGCGAAGCUGCAAACCCCCUCAGUUUGGGGGAGACCCCUGUAUGGGGCCGGAGAAACAGACCAAGUUCUGCAACAUCGCUGUCUGCCCAGUUGAUGGAGUGUGGAAUGAGUGGGCUAAUUGGGGUUCAUGCUCUGCGUCCUGCUCCAACGGGACCAUGCAGCGCAUCAGGGAGUGUAACGGACCUUCGUAUGGAGGAUCAGAGUGUCGCGGGGAGUGGAUAGAGACCAGAGACUGCUUCCUACGGGAGUGCCCAGUGGAGGGGAAGUGGCAUCCUUGGACGUUGUGGGUGGGCUGCACCAAGACAUGUGGCGGGGGGAGCCAACAGAGACAGAGGAUUUGCUAUGGGCCCUUCUUUGGGGGUGAAAAUUGUCCUGGAGAUCGGGAGGAGGUGCGACGCUGCAAUGAGAAGAGGUGUCCAGAGCCUCAUGAGAUCUGUGCAGAAGAGAACUUCUCCAACGUAGUGUGGAAAAUGACUCCAGCAGGGGACACAGCGGCCGUACGCUGCCCUCCCAAUGCCAAUGGGCUGAUCCUGAGGCGGUGCACUUUGGAUGAUGAGGGAAUAGCCUACUGGGAGAACCCCACUUAUAUGAAGUGUAUCUCCAAUGACUACCGCAGCAUCCAAACACUGACUCGGGAACACCUGUCCAAGGCCCAGCGGGGGCUUGUGGGGGAUGGAGUUUCAGAGGUGAUGACCAAGCUCAGGGUGACGUCCAGCGAUGGGACCAGCUACAGUGGAGACUUGCUGGCCAUAGUGGACGUACUGAAGAACAUGACAGAGAUCUUCAGAAGGGCCUACAACAGCCCCAGCAAUGCAGACAUGAGAAACUUUGUCCAGUCAGUCAGUAACCUGCUGAUGGAGGAGAACAGAGAGAGAUGGGAAGAAGCACAACUGUUUGGUCCAAACAUCAAGGAGCUGUUCCGGUUGGUGGAAGACUUUGUGGACGUCUACGGUCUUAGGAUGAAAGACUUCCAGGACAUGGUUGAGGUCACCGAUAACUUAGUUCUAUCCAUCCACAAGCGUCCAGUGGCGGGUAAUGCAGACAUCAGCUUCCCUAUGAAGGGCUGGAAGGGGAUGAUGGACUGGGCCCGCAGCUCUGAGGACAGAGUUACUGUCUCCAAGAACAUCCUCUCCACAGGAAAGCCAGAUGCAGAUGACUUGUCAGCGUUUGUCACCGGGAUCGUUCUCUACAGAAACCUGGGCAGCAUCCUAUCUCUACAGAGAAACAGCACCGUGCUCAACUCCAAGGUGGUGUCUGUGACCAUCAAGCCCACCCCAGGAUCCCUCUCUACCCCGGUGGAGGUCCAGUUCUCACACCUUUACAACGGCACCACAAACCAGACCUGCAUCUCCUGGGACGAGAGUGACAGGCCUACAAGCAAGACCUCAUCGCUGCUUGGAUCGUGGUCUGCCAGGGGCUGCAGAGCCGUGCCUAUCGACUCAUUCAGCACCAAAUGCGUGUGUGACAGACUCUCUACCUUCGCCAUUUUAGCACGGCUAAAUCCUGACAUGAACAUGGAUAAAAUGCAGCUUCCCUCUGUGACGCUGAUGGUGGGCUGUGGAGUCUCCUCUCUCACCUUGCUGCUCCUCAUCAUCAUCUAUGUGUCGGUCUGGAGGUACAUUCGCUCAGAGCGCUCCGUCAUCCUCAUCAACUUCUGCCUCUCCAUCAUCUCCUCCAACGCCCUCAUCCUCAUUGGUCAGACGCAGACACGGAACAAGGUGAUCUGCACGCUGGUCGCUGCUUUCCUGCAUUUCUUCUUCCUGUCGUCGUUCUGUUGGGUUCUGACAGAGGCGUGGCAGUCAUACAUGGCCGUGACUGGCCGGCUUAGGAACCGCAUCAUCCGCAAGCGAUUCCUGUGUCUGGGCUGGGGUCUACCUGCUCUGGUUGUGGCAGUCUCUGUGGGUUUCACCAAAGCUAAGGGAUAUGGCACCGUCAACUACUGCUGGCUGUCUCUGGAAGGGGGUCUACUUUAUGCGUUCGUGGGACCGGCUGCCGCUGUAGUUUUGGUUAACAUGGUUAUCGGGAUUCUCGUAUUUAACAAACUGGUGUCCAAAGACGGCAUUACUGAUAUGAAACUGAAGGAGAGGGCAGGGGCGUCGCUGUGGAGCUCCUGUGUGGUUCUGCCUCUCCUGGCCCUCACCUGGAUGUCUGCUGUCCUGGCCAUCACCGACCGACGCUCCUCCCUCUUCCAGAUCCUGUUCGCUGUGUUUGAUUCGCUGGAAGGCUUCGUCAUCGUCAUGGUGCAUUGCAUCCUGCGCAGAGAGGUUCAAGAGGCAGUGAAGUGUCGGGUAGUGGACCGCCAGGAGGACGGGAAUGGAGACUCAGGGGGAUCUUUCCAGAACGGACACGCUCAGCUUAUGACUGAUUUCGAGAAAGACGUCGACAUGGCUUGCAGAGGAGGUACUCUGAAGCGUUCCUCUCUCCAGGGUGAUGAGAAGCCAUCCUCCCAGCCCCUGACCCUUCAGAAGGGCUCUAACUUCAACACCAUGCCUGCCAGCAUGGCCAAGGUCCACCUCCAGAAUGUGGCAGACUACCCCAGUCAUACCCUCACCCUGCGCAGGGAGAAGGGUGGCGCCACCAAGGGCAUCAGCACCGAGCUGCCGGGAGCCAAGUCCAUCUACAUCUGUGACGGGGAGCUCUUUAAACAGCUGGACGGGGAGCUGUCUCCACGGGGGACAGGGGAGGCCGGGGGGCCUGAGGGCACAGGAACAGGCCCGGGACCAGGGUACAUCAUCCUGCCUAACAACAACAACACUGGCACCCUGGGGCGGCCCGGAAAGGGCAGCAAGGAGGACACGACGGCCAAGUACAACAUCAGCAUCGAGCAGCAGAUGCCCCAGACCAGGCUCAUCCACCUGGCCAACUCGGCGGGGGUGGAGGGCGUCCCGGGUUUCGCGCUGAAGAGCCUGCCUGCGGACCUGGUCAGUGUCUCCUGCUCGGAGAGGGAGUCGCCCGUCCACAACAUGCAGAACGUCUCCGGAGAAUCCCACAUGACCAACAGCAUGUGUGAACAGGGUGAUUCUGGGAACUCUGGAAUGAUGUCCAAGAGCGAGACCGUGUCCACUCUCUCCAUGAGCUCCCUGGAGAGACGAAAAUCUCGCUACGCGGAGCUGGAUUUUGAGAAGAUCAUGCACACACGGAAGCGUCACCAGGACAUGUUCCAGGACCUGAACAGGAAGAUCCACAGUGCAGACCAGGACAAGGCGUCUCCGCCUGGCGAUGGGAAGGCAGGGAAGAGGUGGAGUGACAAGCAGCAGACACCCAGUAAGAGAGCCUGGGAGGGCAUCAGGAAGACACAAUCUCCCCCGUCGUGGAUGAGGAAGGACCUGGAGCCCUUGGCGGCCUCUCCCCUGGAGCUGCAGAACGUGGAGUGGGAGAAGGCCAGCGCCACCAUCCCUCUGGUGGGACAGGAGAUCAUGGACCUGCAGACAGAGGUUUGA